UUGUUUCUACCAUUCUUAGCUAAGUUUUCUAUAGCCAAGGGCUAGAGCAAUGACUCGAUUCUAAGUCGUUAGAAUCGAAAAGAGCUUCAUACUCUCAAGGGUUACAUUUUCAGUUUUCAGAAAUCAAUGAUCGAUUCAUUUCAAAAAGUACACGUUGGAAUUGAAUUUUGGUUUCGAUUAACAGUUGGGAGGAAUGAUCGGCUUGUGGCACAUUCGUCUUCUUGUGAACACACUUAGCGGCGGUCAACUAAGGAAAACUGAAAUCGGGUUAGAUUCUCAUGAGACGAUAGAAUCCGAGUCGGGUUUUUCCAGAAUUUGAAGGUGUUGAAUUAAUAAGAUAUUGCCGCUAUUAACUCACAAAGAGUCGAGAUCUGAAAAUUGAUUUUAGAUUCUCGAAUCAUUUGAGAGAAAAACAAGUUAUAGGGAUUGGACCCUAUAGACUGUAACCGGCGUGAGCCCGAAGGUAAAAUCCAAUUUGAGGAUCGAUUUAAAUCAAGGCAAAAACUUAUCCCAAAACUGAUUUUUACCAAUUGAAUUUUAUUUUCUUUAUUUACUAUAUUAUUUUAUUUCAAUCAAUUUUAUUAGUUUACUUUAAUUCUCCAAUACCCCCUUGAAGCCAGAUAAAAACCGAGGAAAUCGUCAAACUUCUAGUAUCUGUGAAUUGAUCUCUACUUUUAUUAUUCUACUUAUUCUUAUUCAUUUUAUUAUUUUGACAUGAUCUAAGCCUCGUCAAAUACUCAUUUAUGGUCUAUAACCCCAAAUUUGUUUCCUUGGAAAAUUGAUCUCUUUUGCUUUCUUUUUUCUAUGCUCAUAUACUUUGAUUCCUUAUAGUUUCUUUCUGGGCAUUGGGAGAUCUAUUUUCUGAUUUUGAACACCAUAUUCAGACAUCGUUUCCUAUUCAAACUUCAUCAUGUUGUCCUUACCUUCAACUUCAUCAUCUAUUUCUAGUAUUUCUAGAAAGAAAUAUGAUGUUUUCUUGAGUUUUAGAGGUCAAGAUACCCGCAGAAACUUCACAGAUCAUCUCUACGAUGCUCUGAAACGGAGUGGGAUUGUCACUUUCAUGGAUGAUCCAAAGCUGGAGAUAGCCGAAAAGAUCCCACCACAACUCUUCAGAGCCAUUCAACAAUCGUGGUGCUCGGUAAUCGUUUUUUCAGGAACCUAUGCCUCUUCAAGUUGGUGCUUGGAGGAGCUUGCCGAGAUUGUUAAACAGAGAAACGAGAAAGGACAUAAAGUAUUUUCAAUUUUCUACGAUGUGGAUCCGUCUGCAUUAAGAAAGCAGACAGGAAAAGUUGAAGAAGCAUUUGCCAAACAUGAAGAGAGAUACAAGGUAGAUAAAGAAAAGAUUCUAAGGUGGCGAAAUGCUUUGACUCAAGUGGCUAACAUCAAAGGAUGGCAUUUAAAUAACAGGCAUGAGUCGGGAUUUAUUGGAGACAUUGUUAGAAAAAUAUCAGCAAAAUUAUGUCAAACAUACCCAAUAGUCCAUGAUGAGUUGGUUGGUAUUAGUUCACGCUUGAAGGAGUUGUAUUCGAAAAUAGAGAUUGGAGAAGAUGACAUCCGCAUCAUAGGAAUUUGCGGAAUGGGUGGCAUCGGUAAAACAACUCUUGCAAGAGUUGUAUACGACCAAAUGUCAUCUCAUUUUGAAGGUAAAUGCUUCAUAGCUGACGUUCGGGAAGUCUCAGACAAAUUUGGACUCAUUUCUCUACAGAAACAAAUUCUUUUCCAGAUCUCGUCUGGUGAAGGCUUUGAAUUUUUCAAUGUUCAUGAAGGGAAUUCCAUACUUAGGCAUAGGUUGUCUCACAAAAAGGUCCUUCUUGUUAUUGAUGAUGUUGAUAAUUUACAACAUUUGAAAUGCUUGGUUGGAAGGCAUGAUUGGUUUGGUUUAGGGAGUAGAAUUAUUAUAACAACUAGAGAUGAACAUUUGUUGCGAUCCUACCAAGUGGAUGAUGUGUAUAUAUCAACAACAUUGAAUCCUGAAGAUGCAUCUCAUCUUUUCAAUUUGAAAGCUUUCGGUAGUGAAACAGUGUCAGAAAAUAAUUUGAUUAAGCUUUCUAAACAUGUUGUGCGUUAUGCUGGCGGUCUCCCCUUAGCUCUUGAAGUUUUGGGUUCUUUCUUGUGCGGUAGAGAUGUAGCUCAAUGGAGAAGUGCAAUCCAAAGACUUGAAAAUGAAUCUAACAAAGAAAUUAUUGACAGACUUCGAAUCAGCUUUGAUGGAUUGGAAGAAACUGAGAAGAAUAUAUUUCUAGAUAUAGCAUGUUUCUUCAAUGGGGAGGACAAAGAUUUUGUAAUGAAAGUAUUGGAUGGUUGUGAAUUUUUCCCGGAUAUUGGAAUCGAUGUUCUCAUUAAGAAGUCUCUACUAACAAUUAAUGAAAACAACAAAUUGUGGAUGCAUAACUUGCUACAAGAAAUGGGAAGAAAAAUUGUCCGGGAAAAAUCUAUUGAGGAACCUGGAAAUCGUUGUAGAUUGUGGGAGGAAAACGAUGUCUAUCAUGUGCUAACGAAAAACACGGCUACAGAAGUGAUUGAAGGCGUGAUCAUUGACAAUAAAAGGGAACCAAACAAGAUGCUCAAUUUGAAUGCCGGUGUUGUCUCGAAGACGACAAAAUUGAGAUUGCUGAGGGUACUUUGCCACUCAAAUUGUGAUGAAUUCAAAUAUCUUCCUAAUGAACUACGGCUCUUAGAUUGGAUGGGAUAUCCUUUAAGAUUUUUACCUCCAAGCUUCCAACCAGACAACCUUGUUGCACUUUUGUUACCAUACAGUCGCAUUCAGCAACUAUGGAAGGGAAAUAUACCGCUGUAUAAGUUGAAAGUGCUCAACCUCAAAGGGUCAGAAAACCUGAUCAAGACACCGGACUUUACAACAGCCCCAAAUCUGGAAAAUUUGAUAUUGGAGGGUUGUAUAAGAAUAGUAGAUGUUCAUCCAUCCAUCGGAGUUCUUUCGAGGCUCGAACUUUUGAAUUUAAGAAGCUGCACAAGUCUUAGGAAUCUUCCAACCAAAGUUGGAAUAGAAUCUCUUGAAACAUUAAUCCUAAAAGAUUGCAGAAACCUUAUUAGUCUCCCAAGCAGCAUAGGUGGGUGUAAAUGUCUAAAAACUCUUGAUCUUUCUGGCUGUUAUAAAGUUGAAAAUUUACCGGAGAAUUUGCAGCAAGUAGAGUUGUUGGAAGAGCUCGACUUAAGUGAAACAGCCAUAGUAAAACCGCCAUCCUUCAUUUUUCAACUUAAAAAUCUCAAAGUUUUGUCUUUGAAUAGGCUCAAGGGACCAUUAUCUAAGUUAGGACCAAAUCUACCUUCGAUUUUCCAGAUAUUCCAACUAGGAGUGACCAAGCCUGUGCCUCUGAUUUUACAUUCAUUGUCAGGUUUGAGUUCGUUAAGAGAGCUGAAACUAAAGAACUGCAAUCUUGGUGAAGGAGAUAUUCCUAGUGAUAUUUCUUGUUUAUCCUCUUUGGAAAAACUUGAGCUUGGCGGUAACAAUUUCAUCAGCGUACCUGUGUCUGGUACUGUAGUUUCCAGGCUUCAAUAUCUUGGAUUGUCAAACUGCAGGGAGCUUAAAUCGUUGGAUAAUCUUUUUGCUUAUCUUGAACUAUUUGCAACUCCAUUAAAGGUUUGUAAUGCAGCGGAUUGGACACAGUUUAGUGGUCUUCACUGCUACAGAUUAGUUGAGAAUAUCAAUGCACUAACAAUGCUGAAAAUCCAUCUUAAGGCACUUGAAUAUUUCGGAAAAAGUUAUGAUGCUAUACUACCUGGAAGUGGAAUUCCAAAAUGGUUCAGCCAUCAGGCAGUUAACUCUUCAAUCAAGAUACCUCUGCCUAACAAUAUUUGGAAUGAUAGUCAGUGGGUCGGAGUUGCUUUCUGCUGCGUUUUCGUCAAUGAUGAUGCUUCAAGGGAUGAGGAACUCACAUGUGAAGCUGUUAUCCAUCAUAGGAAAUCUGGACAAGCUGGUUCUGAUGGAUCUGUUUUCCAGGGUAGAAAUCAUCGACCUGUCGCAGGGGGCGGCUGGAUUUUUUCUAAAAAAUAUAACCAGCCCAUAAUAAAGGAUCACAUUUAUUUUUGUUAUUUGUCGUGUUGUCGAUUAUAUCCAUUUUCCUUGGAGGACAAAUGUAGUGAAAGUGAAACCGAGAAUUCAUCAUCAGAUUGCUCAAAUCAGGAAUUUGGUGAACUUCAAUUUUCAAUCAAAUCUGAUGAUUCCCGCAAAAGUGUUAAGGUGAAGAGAUGUGGGAUUCGGAUAGUGUAUCAGAAAGAUUUCGAAGAUAUCGUUGAACACAACGCCUCAGAUGGAUCAAUAGCUAAGGGUUCCCUUGCAAAGCGAAAACGAAAUGUUUACGAAGAGACAGAGGCCGGGCCAAAUUAAAAAAGGGCGGUAAAGUUUUUCAAUUUUAUGAUUGGUUGACCGAGGAAGAAACCUUAGUUACUGUCAAUUUAUUCACACAUUUUCAAUAAUUUUAGGAUGUUUAUAUUUAAUAUUUG